AUGGACAACACAUGCAUCGCACCAGACUCUACCACUCGUCCAACUGAAUAUGGACAACACAUGCAUCGCACCAGACCGCACCACUCGCACACCUGUGUAUGGACAACACAUGCACAGCACCAGACCCCACCACUCGCACACCUGUGUAUGGACAACACAAGCACGCACAAGACCCCACCACUCGCACACAUGUGUAUGCACAACACAUGCACAGCACCAGACCCCACCACUCGCACACCUGUGUAUGAACAACACAUGCACGCACAAGACCCCACCACUCGCACACCUGUGUAUGGACAACACAUGCACGCACAAGACCCCACCACUCGCACACCUGUGUAUGGACAACACAUGCACAGCACCAGACCCCACCACUCGCACACCUGUGUAUGGACAACACAUGCACAGCACCAGACCCCAUCACUCGCACACCUGUGUAUGGACAACACAAGCACGCACAAGACCCACCACUCGCACACCUGUGUAUGGACAACACAUGCACGCACAAGACCCCACCACUCGCACAACUGA